UUUUUUUCGCCCCCUGCUGCUCUUGAAGAGGGGCGGGUGCAUGUGGAUCUCCAGGAUUGCCGUGUCAUUGUGUCCACAGAGGGACGCGUGGUCAGCGGCUCCAGCAGCUCCAGCAGCCGGACCGGUGAGUUCCAGCCGAACCAGAGCGCCUCUGAGCGGCUUCGGCCUCCUGCAGCCUCCCUUUGUUGCCUCUAACCUCCAGUACAAGGUGGUGUGUAAAGUUGGACUUUAAACCCAACAUGGAUACUGAAAAGAGCAGCGAGGUUUCGGACACUGUAAUGGAAAAAGAGGCUGCGCUGAAAGAGGCGACGCCUGAGAACCCACCAGCUGCUGAGGAGGAACCCAGUCAGUCGACGGUGAACGGCCUUAACUCAGACGGCCCAGAAACGGGGAAUGUGACGCCGCCUGAGGAAAAACCAGAAGCGAAGGGUGACGACAGCUCAGCCAAAGAGGCGCAUGAGUCAUCUGAAAAGAUCUCUGACCCAGUUGAAACACCAGAAAACACUAAACAGCCGCCGGUGCCAGAGAAUGAGCCAGAGCCACUGGCAAAGAGCAACCCUGAACCGGAGCCAGAGAAGUCGGCAGAAUCGGUUCCAGAAGCCGAACCACGAGAGCAAACAUCACCUGAACCGGCCGCUGUGCAGCAGCCAGUGGAUUCGCAGCCGCCGAGCCAGGAGGACGCUGAGAAGGGACCGGAAACCACGAUGGAGCCGAAAACUGAAGCAGCGGCAGCGCCGAAAGAAGCCGAAGUUGUAGCGGAACCGGAAGAGGCCAAAGCUGCAGCUGAGCCAAAGGAAGCUGGAGAAGCAACGGGGACUGUGUUGGUGACCGAACCUGCAACAGUGAAGGUGGAGGAACCGAAAGCGAAUGAAAAACCUGAAGACAAAGGAGCCGAGGCAGCAGCAGAACCCGAGCAGAAAGAAGAUCCAACCCCGGCGUCCGGCUCCUUGUCCUUCGCCCUGUUGGAACAGCAGCAAACCAAAGACGCCCUACGAAUCUCCCGCACCCUCGUCGUGCUCAGAGGCCUCCCUGGCAGCGGUAAAAGCUUCCUGGCUCGUGCCAUCGGCGACGCCUACCAGGACCACUGCUGUGUCAUCAGCGCCGACGACCACGGGAUCAAGCCGGAGAGUCCUUCAGCGGACGGCUACAAGGCUCUGGACGACGCUGUGGUCGCCCGAUGCAGCGACGCGGCGGCUUCCACCUCCGUGCUCAUCGUGGUGGACGACACCAACCACACCCAGGACCGGCUGGCCCGCCUGGGCGAGAUCGCCGAGCAGAACCACCUGGUGGCCAUCUUCCUGCAGACCCAGACCCAGUGGAGCAGAGAUGUUCCCGAGCUGAGCAAGAAGAGCAAGCGUGGGCUGCAGGAGGCCCAGCUGGAGGCCAUGAAGGCCCCGCUGGAGGAGGUGGACCUGCCUCUGUUCUUCGGCUGGUUCCUGCUGUCGUCGGUUCAGGAGAAGGUUCGCUGCACGUCGAUGGACUUCCUGAAGACGCUGGACACCCUGGAGGCCUUCAAGAAGCACCUGGUCGACUUCACUGGCAAAGCUGAGAACGAGGUGGACCUGGAGCAGUACUUUAAACCCACAGGAGCUCUGCACUGCACUACAAAGUUCUGCAACUAUGGAAAAGCUGAGGGUGCCAAAGAGUACGCAGAGAAUCCAGCUGUUAGAGCGCUCUACGGUUCUGCCUUUGAGCUCUCCCUCACCGCCCUCUUCGUCACUCCUCGGACCGUCGGAGCCCGAGUGUCGCUGACCGACGAGCAGCUGAAGCUGUGGCCGGCCGACGCCGAGCAGUCCUCCGCCGCCUCCCUGCCGCCGGGCAGCCGCGCCCACAUCACGCUGGGCUGCGCCGAGGGCGUGGAGCCGGUGCAGACGGGCGUGGACCUGCUGGAAAUCCUGGCGCUGCAGCAGGACGGCCAGCAGGGGGAGCCGGCCGAGGAGAUGGAGCUGGGCUCGCUGACGUACUACGGCGAGGGGAGGUGGCUGCUGAACCUGAGGGAGCCCAUCGGCGCUCCGGCCUGCUUCUCCAGCUUCUACGGCCGCAAGGAGUCGGAACCGGCCAAAAAAGAACCGGAGAAGAAGAAGAAGCCAAAGUGCGCCAUACUGUAAAGGGCAGGACGUGGCGGCGGGGAUGUGUGGUCUGCAGGUGGAUCCCAACUCAGCCGGGUUCGGGUUCCACGAGCUGUGUGCCUUUUUUUUUUUUCUUUUUUUUUUUUUCUUUUCUUUAUUUUUACCGUUGACUUUUGCACCACAACCCAAGAUGCCUUUAAUCCGGUUGGGCACGUCGUCAGUAUGGUUCAGUAUUUCAGCACCCGGUGGUCCCGCUGAGGUCUUGUUUAGCUGCAGUGUGACGUAGAGUAGCCGCCUCCACUCCCACAGCUCCACAGUAACCCCCUAGACUCUCUCCUCUCAGUGUUCCAGUACUCAAACGUGGUAAUAAACUAGCUUGCAUGCAUCAUUAACUCACCUGCAGACAGUCUGGAGUCGUACGUAGCAUUUCUGUGUGUGUGUUUGAGCAGCGUAGGAAGUCAUUGAUAGUAGCAUCGGGCCAAAGUUAUCUAUUUGAUUAAGUGUAUUAGAAUGAAUGUCAUCUCUAGAGAUCCUUCCUUGUCAAAUCUUUGCACCGUGCAUCGUUUGAAGGGGAGAAUGCUGUUUGGCGUUUGUUUUGUUUUUUUUCAGCAGCUUGCACUUAUCAGACGCUGUGAAUCAGAGUCCGUGUUUCGCGAUCUUUCCCUCUGCUGCGCCAGACCGCAUAGUCGAUUCCUUUUAUCCUCUUUGAAAAGCACUUCAUGUAUUGGUUUGUGUCCUCUCUGAUUGUAAUUUUUUGAAGGGUGAGUCUGCGCGGCUCUGACGAAUCACUAUUUUUGCACUUGUUUUGUACACUUAAUAAAGAAACAUGCUUUGCUCCA